UCGAAAUUCGCUCAUCAGCCACCCAAUCUCCCAAAUCUUUCUCCUCGGUGCUCGGUGUUCGACAACGCUCUGGUGUUUGCCCGCGGGAUAAAUCUCGCUCGCUAGCUCACUCAAUCGUUCCUGCAGAUAUUCUGAGUUCCGAACAACUUGCGAGGUUUCGCAUUCUCUCGUGCAUUCCCUCCAAGUAACGUUUUUCCGCCGAUCAGUCAUGGACGCCCUUCGCCUCUUCUCCGUCGCCGACUGCGCGUUCCAGUCUUCCUUCCUCGUACCGUCCCAGAUACUCAAAUCUCGCGCCGGCCCCUCCACUGUCGCCGUCUCACGCGGCGCCGCUGCUCGCCCUUCGCUUACAGUCACCUCUCAGUUCAACGACUCCCACAAACGCCGCUCCGUUUCCCCCCCUCGCCGCCCCGCUCCCGCCGCCGCGGCGUCUUCCGGCGCGCUCUACGCCGCGGACUCGCGCAUCGGCAGCGCGGAAUCAGAACCCUCCACGACGCCGCUUUGCCCGAUAGAGGCGGACGCCGCAAGCCGCGUGAUCGCGGUGAGCACGUGGGAGGAAUUUGACUCGCUCCUGGCCGCCGCUUCCGCGCGAGGCCAGCUGGUCGUGGUGGAAACCACCAUGGCUGCGCUCCCCAACACCGCCAAGAACUAUCCCAAGCUGCUGCAGGUCGCGCGCGUCGCACCCGGUCGCACGCUGUUCCUGCGACUGCUGGCCGAUCGCAGCGACGCCCUGCGCGACCUGGCGAAGUCGCUGGGCGUCAAGCAGAUUCCGUCGUACUCGAUCUUCAGGGACGGGCAUAUGGUGCACGAGGAGGCGGGCAUGGACGUGGAUCGCCUGCUGCUCCAGCUGCACUAUUACAGCAGCAGCGGGAUCGUCGAUCUCGGGAUGAACGCCGCAGAUCGGUCCGCUGGCGGGAGCGUGUACAGCGGGAGCAGCGAUACGGAGCAGGCUGGGAAGGUGCUGGAGCUGAACGGCCGCGAGGACUUUUACGCUCUGCUUCAGAGGCACGAGAACGACGAUAGGCUCGUGGUGCUGAAAGCGACGCUUACUUUCUGCGGCCCGUGUGUGCGGAUUCAUCCGACGGUGGUGAAGCUGGCGCAGCGCAUGCCGGAUACGGCGGUGUUCGCGCGCGUGUUUGGUGACAAUAACGAAUCGACGAUCACGCUUAUGAGGGAGCUGAAUGUGAUUGAGGCGCCUACGUUCUUGUUCUACAGGAGGGGCGAGUUGCUCGGCCGAUAUGUGGGUUCUGGCAGGGGCGAUUUGGUUGGCGAGGUUCUCAAGCACCAGGGGAUUCAGGUUAGCUAGAUGGUGGUAUUUUUUUGUGCUUGUGGGCCUUUUGUUCAGUCAAUACGUGUUUCCUGUGUGUACAGGCCUUGUGUGUUUAAUUUGUACAUGUAUUUGAAUAUAUAUUGUCGACACUUUUGUUAUAUU